AAAUGUUUUAAAAAUCUAAAAAAUUUUUUGAAAAUGUUACAAAAUUUAUAAGAAAAUUCUAAAAAAUUCAUGAAAAAUUUUUAAUGUGAUAUAGGAUACAUACACGAGAAAGAUUUUUAAUCGAUGCAAAUCAAUGCGUCGGCGUGAUCGUGGUUGCGUCCAGUCGCGCCACGUACGUAGAUUCACCUCGGUCAAUGAUAAUCAGUCGCCUAGCUUGUGGUCCGAGCACUCUGAGCCUGAGCCCGAGGAGUGCAACGAUGGCAGCCGUUUCGAAUGACGCCACGGCCACCUAACGGAAGUGAACCGAGAGUAGGCAAAGGCAACGCUGGCAACGUCGUCGUCGCGGAUGGGACGGGGAUGUCGCGCAUCUAUUUCUGAACACGUUGCAAUCGGGUCGAAGAGGAUUGUUGCUGCUGCGGAUCACUGGCUGACGCAAGGUGGUCCAGGAUGAUUCGCGUGGCGUGAUGGCCGUCGUCGGUUGACAGUUGCGCUCCAAAAUCCAAGUGUGAUUACACGGAUGCGGAAAGAGAACGAUAACAGAUGAACAGAUAGACGGACCGAGCGAGCGAGUGCCAAGGGAGAUUCAUCUCGCCCGCCGAAUCGCGUCGCGCGACUGUCACGCCAAGUGCUCGCGAAGGACCCGGAGAAGAAAAAGAAGAGAAAAAAAAGAGUGCGAUCAUCUCGUGCAAUCGUUGGUCGGUUGGUGAUCUUCUGUCCGUUCAUCCGUGCGUGCGUGCGUACGUACGUGCGUGCGCGCGAGCGGCUCCUGAGUGGCGCACGAGGUGGACAAGGUAAAUCCACGAUAUCGAGAGGGAAAGAGAGAGAAAGAGGAUGAUGACGCGCAGAUAAUGCAAUGAGACACCGUCCGCCUCCGAUCUUCGCGCAGCGAAACGACAGGAGCACGAGACAGCUGCUCGAGCGCGACACCCCGAUACACAGUGUCGCACGCGGGAGGUUAUAAGCGGAGUUAUGCGCCUUCCCCAGGUUCGGAGGCGAAUGGACGGCGCGCCGAUCAACGCGCUUCUUCCUCUUCUUCAUGGUCCACGUUCCGCGUCGGAGACGUGCGUUUCUCUAAACUCCUCCUCUUUAACGCCCUUGUCGACGACGACGACGACGAUAUCUCGUGGUUUGGAAUCCGUUUAACUGGCUGUGAAAAGUGCAACGUAACUGUAUCGAGUCCAAAGAGUUGAGUAGUAUAUAGAUAGAUUAUAUAUAUAUACACAUAUACAAAAUACUGAUCAAAAUGGAUCAAGAAACGGUCUACGGCACGCAUGAGGAUAGCCAUGUUGUCAUGUCAGAGAAGGUGCAAUCUUUGGCAGGCAGCAUCUAUCAAGAGUUCGAGAAGAUGAUAGCGAGAUACGAUGAGGACGUAGUAAAAGACUUAAUGCCUCUGCUAGUCAAUGUGUUAGAAUGUCUUGAUAUAUCAUAUACCGAAAAUCAAGAACGUGAAGUCGAGCUAGAGCUAUUAAGAGAAGACAACGAACAGCUUGUCACCCAGUACGAAAGGGAAAAACAAUUGAGAAAAGCAUCGGAUCAGAAACUUCUUGAGCUAGAAGAUGUUUCGGAAGACGAGAGGAAGGAACUACUAUCGAAAAUUGAUAGUUUGGAGUCUAUUGUGAGAAUGCUGGAAUUGAAGACAAAGAACUCUCAUGAUCAUGUUGGUCGGCUCGAGGAGAAGGAAGCUGAAUUGAAACGCGAGUAUUCCCGGCUGCACGAUAGAUAUACGGAAUUAUUCAAGACCCAUGUCGAUUACAUGGAGAGAACCAAAAUGCUGGUUGGUAGCACAGAAAGACUGGAGAGCGUAUCCGUCAGUCGUGCGCCAUCGCGGUUACCUUCCCUCGGACUUGCUCAUAUGUCGCGCAGUUCCGGACCGCUUAGUUAUGGUUUCCAAAGUUUGGAAGCCAGCAUAAACGCCGAAGAUGUUCAAGAAGAUAUUGUAUCAAAUGUCACUAAUUUGAGAACCGAAAUGUUGGACAGUAGUAGCGAAGCCGCUAUCGAAAUGUCCGACAAAAGCCAACUAACCGAUCAACCAAUACAAGAGAAUAAGACUACAGCUAUAUCUAGACGUAUGUUAUACGAAAGUCCAGAAACGGAAGUACCCCCAACUUUAAUAACGCCAACAACGCCGACUGCAGGUAUAGAGAAAUUAGCGACUACGCCAGGAGGUAGAAGUAGAACCGAAAGAGAACAACGAAGCGGCAAUACGUUAUACCAGGAGCUAAGCUUUCAAGAUGCUGAUGCACUGGGCGAGAUGGAUGAGGGCGCAGAUAUUACUGGAACUUUCGUACAUCCUGGAGAAUAUGCUUCAUCAGUGAAUGAUAACUUCUUCGGCAUGGGAAAGGAAGUAGAAAAUCUUAUUAUGGAGAACAAUGAAUUAUUGGCAACAAAAAACGCGCUUAACGUUGUCAAGGAUGAUCUAAUUGUCAAAGUGGAUGAAUUAACGAGCGAGCAAGAAAUAUUACGAGAAGAAGUUCGAGGUUUACAACAAGCGCGUGAGCGAUUGCGGCAACGAAUCGCUGCCCUCGAAGAGGAACUGAAGAAGGUCAAGGAAGAAGCAGAAGCGGCAGCAAAAGCGACGAAAAGCGAUGAUGAGGAAGAUGUGCCUCUGUCUCAAAGAAAACGGUUCACACGUGUAGAAAUGGCAAGAGUGCUCAUGGAACGAAAUCAAUAUAAGGAACGUUUUAUGGAGCUUCAAGAGGCCGUUAGGUGGACAGAAAUGAUACGAGCCAGCAAGACCGAUCCUUCUAGCAUCUCGGGUGGAAAGGGUUCAGUGUGGAAGUUUUUUAGCAAUCUCUUCACAGGCCCGGCCGAUCGAGGGGCGUUGGUACGUUCCACGCAUACGUUGCCGCACGUGCGAUACAGCGCACCGGCAAAUCAGGUUGUCCCAGCUCCACCCCUGGAUGCUAUGCGUAGACGUACGUUGAAAAGUCGCCAAGAUUUUCUCGACCAAGGAGACACCAUAGAUACCUGGUUUUUCUGGCUUCGGGUGGGGUGCUUAUUGGUCAGCAGAUCGUCCGAAAAGCUCGUAGCCAGACGCGCGAGCGAGCGAAGAGAACAAUAUCGUCAGGUACGAGCGCACGUUAAAAAGGAGGAUGGUCGUCUGCAAGCUUACGGAUGGAGCUUACCGGGGAAACCAAGUGCUCCUGUCAGGCAACCUCCUGUACCAGUUCCGGUGUAUUGUCGACCCCUGCAAGAAACUGAGCCGGGGAUGAAGAUUUGGUGUGGUGCCGGAGUAAAUCUGAGCGGCGGUAAGACGCGUGAUGGUGGAUGCAUGGUCGGUGGAAGUGUGUUCUACGCGGCUGAGGCUCAAGAAACAAGUAACACGAAGGCAGAUGCUGAAGAUGCCGUUGAACACUUGGACAAGGAGCUUCAGGAGAACGAAAACCGACGGCUCGAAGCGGAACAGUGGGAGCAACAACUUAGCUCGCUUGUCUGGAUCUGCACUUCGACGCAGAAGAUGUCCAAGGUCACAGUGAUUGAUGCGAACAAUCCGGCGGAUGUUUUAGAAGUGUUCAACGUUUGUCAGGGACACUUGCUUUGCAUCGCAAGCGUGCCUGGUGCCAAAGAGAGCGAUUACACGCAAUCCUCGAAUGAGAACUCGAUCCGCAAUUCGGCGAAUGGCACAGUGAACGACAGUGAAAACAACAACGGCGCCUGUGAAGAUGUUGCGAAUGCAAACGAGAACGUUGAGCAGAAUGGUCAGAAAAAUCAUCAAAAUGCAGAAAUUGUUGUCGAUAAAAGUAAAAAUGACUCUGAUAAUCAGUCAGAAGAUCAGGCUAAUGAAAAUACUGAAAAGUCCGCCGAGAUGGAUCAAAACUUUACGAAUGAACCGCAAAGUCUGGAAAGUAUAGACAGCGAGACCGCGAACUUAGGAAAAGUAAACUUCGUGCGGUUCAGCGCCGACACGCAUUCCUCGCGAUCUUCAAACGACAAAGAUGCCACAAAUGAAGAAGCAAAGGAGGAAGUCACUGAAGACACGUCUAUUGAGAAGAUGUCAUCCAUACAGCCGACGAUGUGGCUCGGGGCUCAGAACGGUGCAGUUUUUGUUCAUUCAGCUGUUGCUAAAUGGUCGAUAUGCUUACAUUCCGUGAAGCUAAAGGAUGCAGCGUUAGCUAUUGUACAUGUGCAAGGCCGAGUUCUGGUCGCUUUAGCAGAUGGAACUGUAACGAUAUUCCGCAGAGGCGCAGAUGGGCAAUGGGAUUUGUCUCAGUAUCAUGUGAUUACACUCGGCAGUCCUCAACAUUCCAUUAGAUGCAUGACCGCAGUUAGCGGAAAAACAGUGUGGUGUGGUUAUAGAAACAAGAUUCAUGUGAUCGAUCCUAUUUCGAUGACGCUUGAGUGCACAGUAGAUGCACAUCCCCGUAGAGAGUCUCAAGUGCGACAAUUGGCAUGGCUAGGUGAUGGAGUGUGGGUCAGUAUCAGGCUUGAUUCGACAUUAAGAUUAUAUCAUGCCCACACUUAUCAGCAUCUCCAAGACGUCGAUAUAGAGCCGUACGUCAGCAAGAUGCUUGGUACGGGAAAGCUUGGGUUUUCCUUCGUGCGCAUUACCGCGCUGCUUAUUUCCUCGAAUAGGCUGUGGAUUGGUACUGGUAACGGAGUAAUAAUCUCAGUACCAUUGUCGGAAAGUGCAGGUGGUUCGAUGGCGGUAGCCAGAGUGCAAACGAGUAACAACAAAAGCGAUGCACCGGGAGUUGGCGUCCGGGUCUUUGCGUCGGAACGAGGUGUCACACCGGGAAGUUUCAUACCUUAUUGCAGCAUGGCUCACGCACAGCUCAGUUUUCAUGGACACAGAGACGCUGUAAAGAUGUUUGUUGCUGUACCUGGUCAUGGUGGUCAAAGCGCAAUAACGGACGGAACACAACCCGCGAUGCUCGUUCUCUCUGGCGGUGAAGGUUACAUCGAUUUUAGAGUUGGUGAUGGAGAAGAGACAGAGGAGAACAUGGACCGCUCGAAUAUCGCGAUCAGCAACGAAGAGCAUGGUGAACAGAGUCAUUUGAUUGUAUGGCAAGUGCAAUGUCCUUUACUGAUGCCAGCCAAUGGCUAGCCUAAGGACGAAAUAGAUAAGCAUGAUUUGUUGGACAGUUCAGAUUGCAGUACUGCAUCACAUAUGUCGUCAAUGGAUCACCAGAUCAUGGAUUAUGAAAUUACGGAUUGUGAAUCAUUAAUAUUUGAGCGAGCGAUGCUCCUCGUCGCUGGGAACUAAUGUGUGCUAUCUAGAUAUAGUGAUAUAAUGAUCAUAGCAAAGUUACUAUUUCUCAAAAUAACUAUCACGAUUUUUCAUAUUAGCAAAGUGGAGACUAUAUCAAAUCAUGAAUUUUUUUGAAUCAGUUAUCACGAUAUUCUUCCAUAGCGGAGCAAAUUCACCGUGUGACAUUUCUUGCAUCUGUGCGGGUAAAAUUUGUAAGAGGAGGGGGAGGGUGUUAUCAAUUUUGUUUUUUAUCGACGCAACCGGAAUCAUCUUCAACUCAACGAUGUUAAUCAUUUCUCGCUUUUCGUUAAGCCGCGCAUUCCUUAACUUAAGCCUGCGUACAUAGGAUCAAGUUGUUCAAGUGACAUACAUGUGCUGAAGAGUUUCUCACGACGAGUGUUCAUUUUUAAAGAUUAUCACAUUUUACGAAUGAUGAGAAGGUAGCGUUAUUUCAAUUAACAAUUGUGAUAAUGCGACGAUGAUACAUUAUAAUGCAGGACAGGAUGAGUUUCGAAGCUGCCGUUGCAACAAUUGCUACAAUAAAAACAUUCAUUCAAAGUAUUUCGCGUUACGUACCUGUCGCGAGAAUAUUUCUUAAUCGCCGUUAUACACGCAGUACGCAGAGGAUAUAAUAAUAAGGUGCGUGCAACUCAGGCAGAUUUCUAGGUAUAAAUGUAAUAUUAAUUUUCCGUCGGAGAGUAUAUUAUUUUCCAGACCUAAUCGAUUUUAUUCGCGUACAUAGUGUCGACAUAACGAUAAUAAUAAUAAUAAUAUUAAUAAUAUAUAUAUAUAUAUAUAUAUAUAUACAUAUAUAUAAUUAUAAUAUAUAUUCCUCUCUUCUCUCCUUGAUCAAGCAUCGUUAGAUUGUGCUCGGUGAAAUGUAGCGAUUUACACGAAUUAUUAGGAACAACUUGCCAAUGAUGUAAAUAACAAUGAGAUGUUUAUAUAUAUAUAUAUAUAGUCGUUAUAUAGAUUCGUUAUUUAAUUUUUUUCGCGGACGAGCAGAGUUAUUUUAUAAAUAUGUAAGAUCUGUUCUCUAUUCUUGCAAUUUUAAGUCGAACUUUAGUACGCUACCAAAGAACGGCGAUUCGAUCAUGUUGUUUGUAUUAUUUACAACGAGAAUCGUGCUUUAAAGAGGAAUGUUUGCUCUUUUUCCUUUUAGCUCUCGGCCGAGCCAAUUGAUAUCCGGACUGAUGAAAUUUUAUAAAUUCCCACCAAUAAGAUGGCGCGAUUUAAAUGGCAAUUUUUAGACAUGUGCGAUAAGAAGGCUGCGCAUUAUCGUGCGAGCCGGCUUUUAAUGUCGAGCUCGGAAUUGUACCUGGCUCAGGUGGCGUUGUAACGGCAUUAAUAAACAAAGUUACGGAACUAAAA